AUGAGUGCAUCCACGCCGCACGCGAUGGAUUCGUGGAAGACGGAAGUGGCGCAGAAGCUUGCCUCUUUGGAGAGGCGGCUGGACCAGUGCAUGCAGAAGCUGGCACCCGACGCUCCUCAAGGCUUCGACGCGCGCGUGGGGCAGCUGGAGAGGAGCCUUCCCAAGCUGGAGCUGCAGCUGGGCGAGCUUCUCGGGGCGACGGCAGGUGCGAAAGAGGCGGUUUCGGCACAGGCUCGUCAACUGAGCUGCGUGGAGGAGCGGCUGGCGAGCCAACUCGAGGCAGUCCAGGCCAGUGUGCAGGUGUAUCAGAGCAAGAUGGGAGCCUUGGAGGAUGCCUUGGAGACUUCCAUGAAUACAAUCAGGGGCCUGACAAAGCAUCAGGCCCUCUUGGCCAAACUGGCUUCCGAGGCCUCUGAGGAGCCGCCUAUGUCAAGCCACCAAGCUCAGAUGCAGGAGUUGGCCCUUGAUUUGGCCAGUCGAGUCACUCACUUGGAGAGGAUGGAUCGGACACUUCGUGCGGGUGCCAUGGAGGAUGCCUCCCUUGCGGAAGACGCACAGAUGAGACUGCAGCUGCAGGAGCUGCAGGCUUCAAGCCAGAGGCUGCACAAAGAGAUGCUGGAUGUGGUGGCAAGAAUUGAGGAGCACUCAGUGCACCUGUCAUCCUGCAGGAUGGCUGCAAUGAUGCAGCAGAUGGCCGCCAUGCAGCAGAUGGGAGGUGGCAUGCAGUCACAGAUGGCGCAGACGUACCCGGGGCUUGGCCAGGGCCAGACAGCACCGAGCAACGGCUUGAACGCCAAUGCGCCAGAGUUCGACCCCAGUGCCAUGGGGAAGGUGGCUGAGGUCCAGAAGGCAGACGAGACACCGGAGGUCGGUGAGAAGCCGGUAAUCAAGGAGGUCACUGUCGGACUCUUUCUGGAGGAGAUCGCCUUCUUCAUGGAGGACAUGGAGAAGGACCUCUGGUGGCUGCUUCGAAUGGCCCAUCAACCGGAUGGCAUUGCGCCCUACAUCUGCGGGGACGAGCAGAUUCAGCAGGUCGAUGCAGCCGUGGAGGCAGCAAUCCAGAGGCUGAAGGAGCGUGCCGACAAGCAUGCCGAAGAUCAUGUAGCCCAGGCCGCGUCGUGGUUAGUCGCAGCCCAGUUGCAGCUUGUGGCCGUUGCCAGCGUGGCAUUCCAGGUGCGUGCCAAGAUAGUCAUCAUCCCCGCAGUCGACAAGGCUCGCCGCGGCGAUGCCGUGCUUUGUGCUGCGCGCACGCCGACGGCGGCCCUUGCAGAGCUGGAGAGGAUGUUUCCGCAUUCUGUCACCGUGCUCCAGAUGGACGUGACCGACGCACGCACUGUCGCGGACGCAGCAGAACGCGCUCAGGGCAUCUUGGCUUCGCCAAGCCGGCCUGGUGGGCUGGAGCUUCUGUGCCACACUGCCGGGCUGCUGCAGGACAAGUCUCGUGGGGUCAUCCCAGAGAACGGCCUGCAGCGCUUGGAUCCCGAGGCGAUCCGCUACACCUUUGCAGUGAACGUGCUGGGACCCCUGAUGGUCCUGAAGCACUUUGCGCCUCUCCUGAAGGCUUCGGAGACGGAAGGCCCCUUGGCACCCCAGGCGCCCAAGUCGACGGCGGUCUUCUACAGCGCUCGCGUGGGCUCCAUCGGCGACAAUGCCACAGGUGGAUGGUACUCGUACCGCAGCAGUAAGGCCGCCCUGAACCAGGUGGUGCGGACGGCCUCUGUAGAGCUCGCCCGACACCGUGUCUGCUGCUUCGCCUUGCACCCGGGCACCGUCGACACGGACCUGACGCGCGCCUUUGCACGGGCACGGUCGAAGUACACGGUGCAGGACGUGGACGAAGCGGCAGAGAACCACUUGGCCAUCAUUGCCUCUCGAACAAUGGAACACGCGGGCCGCUUCUUCGACUGGCGUGCUGAGGAGAUUCCGUGGUGA